AAUAGAAAUAAAAUGGAAUUGAGUUAAGGCACCGUUUUGUUCAUUUCCUCUCCUUACAUUAAGAAUCUUCCACCUUUUGUUAUUUUCAACACUUUUUCCUCAGAAUUUAAGAAAAGCUAAUUAGAAUAUUGUAAUCUUGUUUGCUUGUUUUCACUGUUUUUCUUGGUGCAAUACCAUUCUCUCUUCCUGUUUUUCUUUUCCAUCUUUCUGAUCCUCCAUAACUCAUCCACCACACCCACCCUAUUCUCUCUUCUCUGCUCUUCUCUCGCCACAACACUUUGUUUGCUGCCAUGUCUUUCAGAGGUUUCAGUCGGCCAAAUGCUUCAUCUGGAAUGGGCGUUGCUGAUCACAGCAAAAACGCUUUCAUGGAACUGCAGAGGAAGAAGGUUCACCGCUAUGUGAUCUUUAAGGUUGAUGAAAAGAAAAGGGAAAUUUUGGUUGAAAAGACUGGUGGCCCAGCUGAGAGUUAUGAUGAUUUCACUGCAGCCUUACCUGAGAAUGAUUGCCGAUAUGCUGUUUAUGAUUAUGAUUUUGUGACCUCUGAGAACUGUCAAAAGAGCAAGAUAUUCUUCAUUGCAUGGUCUCCCUCAACUGCUCGAAUUCGCUCCAAGAUGCUCUACGCCACAUCCAAAGACAGGUUUAGAAGGGAGCUGGAAGGCAUCCACUAUGAGAUUCAGGCUACUGAUCCAACAGAGAUGGAUCUUGAUGUAAUCAGGGAACGGGCGAAUUGAGCUACUCUCACUCUGGAAAAGCUUUUCCUCCUUCAAAAGCAAAGGAUUCUCUAUUUUCUGUCAGUUAAUGCUCCCAGCUGCUGCUAUAAUCAUUAUACACCCAAUUGUUUGAAUGUAUUUUGCCAAUCUGAUGAAUAAACUGGCAUGUUGGUGGGGUGUGAAAGCUGGGCUAAUGUUAUCUACUUGCUGAAAAAAUUUGGUUACUUUUACUUCCCAGAUGUAGAUCAGUACUUUAUGGAUAUAUAAUAUAUCUCCUUUUAUGAAA